AUGACACGGUCGGUUCCGGCCGGUUAUGUUCGUUUUCCGACAAUUUCCUUGCCGCCGGAUUCCGGCCGGAAGUUUAAAUCCGGAAAUGGUCAGGAACUGAUCGGAUAUUUCCAUCUCAAUUCCAGCCGGAAUCCGGCGGCAAGGAAUCUGCCGGAACCUACUGGAAUCGGCGAAAACUGUGCCGGAAUCGACAAAAGCUGUACCGGAACCGACCCAGAUUUUAACGGAUCCACUCGUCGGAAUUAUCGACCUGGGAAAGUAACACCCCUAGUCGUGAAAUAUGAAGGUUCAACAGAUGGAAAGAAAUGA